AUGAGUCUGACAGACCGAGUUGCUGCGCUGGAGGCUGAGCUGAAGGCCAAAGAUACAGAGCUCGCCGAGAUGAAACGGCUCAGCUCGCAGGCCAAGAGCGCAAACUCCGCCAGUGCCCGCGAUGACUCAACAGUCCUUACGCAGGAAUUCAGCAACCUUCGGGCGCUGCUGGCAAACUGUAUUCCAGACCGUCCUGCGGCUAAAGCUAGCACGAUGUCCUCGAGCAACGAGGUCGUCAGCGCACUCCGGAAACUAAACUCCGAUAUCCACCAAGACGCCACAUUUAUGGCCGAGUCCAUGGCUGACUCCUUCGGGUUUGAGAAAGGAAGAGAGAAUGGGAACUCGGAGACGGCGCUAUUCCAGCAAGUGGGCACGACCAUUGGUGCAGGUCUCGUCCACUUCCUGGGCACCAAGAGUCACAGCGAGGAUCCUAUCCUCAUCCAGAUUGCAUUCCAGGCAUACAUAUCUCGGUACCUCUGCUGGCUCUCGACUGCAUGGAUCGCUAGCGGAGGCAAGGAAAGACUUGGCACAGCCGAUCAGAGUAACACCACCCAGGCAGCCACCGCAGCAUGGAAUGCACUGUCGCAUAUUCUCUCCAAGCAUCUCCAGCUCGACGAUACCCAACUUUGUUUCGCAGCCGCAUCCAAAAUCAUAGCCGGGCUCGCUGACAUAUUACUCGUUGCGGGCUGUGAUGCCACUCGGUCGCAACUUUGUGAUGCCUUAAAGCAGAAGUUCAGCGAAAAGAUCUCGCUGCUUGCGAAGUCCAGCAUGCGCAUCAAUAGGCUUAUCGUCAACAGCAUGGACCGGGGCCUUGAUGUCAUGGUGAUCAAACCUGCCACGGUGUUCGACUCCACGUGCAUGGACGAUGAGUACGAUGACGGCGAACAUGACAAGAAUACUGCGAACAACCGUGUCCUGUGUCCCACUGAUAUGGGGUUGCGGCAGCGUUCCAAGGGAGUCAAUGCCGGAGUGAGGAUUCUUUUGAAACCAAAGAUCGCUCUGGAAUCUGUGGUGGAUAACUUGGACGACUGA